AUGGCAGCGCCAACUGUAACCGUCGAGGCACCUAUCAACAUUGCCUUCAUUAAGUACUGGGGAAAACGCGAGGGCGGGGAAAAGCUUAUUCUUCCUACAAACGAUUCCUUCAGUAUCACCCUCGCCACUCAGCCGUUUCGCAGCAAAACGUCGGUGGCGCUUCGCGACGAUUUGGAAGAGGACACGCUCUUUCUUAACGGCGAGAAAUCCGACAUACGGAACUCUCCGCGAGUGCAAUCUGUGUUGGCGCACGUGCGGAAUACCUGUCCCGAGGAGCUAAAGUGCAAGCGGGUGUACAUCGCCUCCGAGAACAACUUCCCUACCGCCGCCGGAAUGGCGUCUUCUGCAAGUGGGUACUGCGCUCUUGCGGCGGCGCUAGUGCGGGUCUUCAAAUCCACUGCGAAUGUCUCGAUGCUUGCUCGAUUGGGGUCAGGAAGUGCCUGUCGAAGCGCCUUUGGUGGGUUUGUGGUUUGGCAUAAGGGCGAGAAGCCGGACGGAAGCGACUGUGUGGCCACUCAAUUUGUCGACGAGAACCACUGGCCUGAAAUGCAGGUCUUGUGCGCCGUCCUUCAGGGGGAGAAGAAGGGCACGUCAAGCACGGCAGGCAUGCAGCAGUCGCUGCAGACUUCUCCACUGAUGCCCAAGCGCAUUGCCACCACGGUACCUGAGCGUAUGCGCCUUGUCUCGGAGGCGAUUCGGGAGAAGGAUUUUUCUACGUUUGCCGAAAUCGCAAUGUGUGAGUCAGACGACUUACAAGAAAUCUGCGCCACAACGCAGCCUCGGAUCCAGUACGCCACAGAGGACAGCUAUGCAAUGAUGCGACUUGUGAAGGCGUAUAACGCCAAAAAAGGUCAUCCCACAUUGGCGUACACGUUUGACGCGGGGGCAAAUUGUUUUUUGUUUGUUCUUAAACAAAAUCUUCCAGAGGCGGUGGCCAUGUUGAUGCAACACUUCCCAACUCCAUACGAACGGUUCUGCUUCAACGAUACGACCCUGCUUGAAAAGAUCAAAGAGGCGCCGGUCCCAAACGACUGCAAGGAUCUCAUUGAGUAUCACAAAAAACCAUUCGUUAUGUUGCUGCAGUCCCCUGUUGGGUCCGGCGUGCGCUACCUCGCAGAGGCGGAGUCCCUCAUUCACGCGUAA